AUGCUCCCAGGCCCCUGUCUGCACAUUCUUCCAUUCCAGCUUAUCAGGGCCUUGGACUUCAAGAAAGACCUCCAUCCACUUGCUGCAUUGGACCAGGAGUGGGCUUUCGAGUAUGAGUACACUGUCCAGAACCAGCAGUUGGAAUACAUUGCCUCAGUUUCCCAGCACUGGGCUGGGGUUGAUCUAGUUCAGGGCACCUGGUACAUAGUUGGGGCUGUGUCAGAUGAUUAGGGCUUCCAGGACCCCAAGGAAGAUGGGAAGAUGCACGUGGUCCUCGUGAACCCCUUGCCCGAUGGUGACCUGGCUGUCAAGCUUGGGUAUCCCACGCCAGAUGUCGGAUGCCAGGAGGUAGAAACAACCUUCACCAAGGGUGCUAUGGCCAGGCAGUUCAGCAACCCGGCCAUGGCCUAGAGUGACAUUCAUGUGCCCUUCACGUACUACCAGCACUUGGCUGUGUUAUACUUCAGGACAGAGAAGUUAGGCAUUCAGAAUGCCUGGCAGCAGCGCUACAGUGGGUUGGCAGAGGGGCUGGUCCUGAUAAGCCAUGGGACCAGACACAGGCCCCUCCCCAGAGCAGUGGCCCCAGCCUGGGUGGGAGUACCGCCCAGGUUCACAUCUCAUCACUUGCUCACUCACAGAGAGAGAAACUUUGUUUCUCAACGUGUCUUCUUAGGACUUCCAGAGUCUGGAGCAGGGGGCCCAGACUCCACAAACCCUACCCUACCCUAUCUUUGUCCCUGCCCAUCCGUGCUCAAGACCUUCCUUGCCUGCCCUCAGUCCACACCCCAUAGAUGUUUCCUGAAGGUGCACAGAAGAUGCAUAGGCUGGCACCCCAGCUAGGGUGCCCUGCUGCCUACAUCAGGUGAGUGCUGCCUCCAACCCAGCUCAGGGCGGCAGGAGCCAGGACAUUGAAGAUCCAGACUGUAGAGACCCACAGAGGUUUCCUAGUGAGAACUUACUCAGGGUCCAAGAAUCUGAGCUUGCUUUACCCAGCAGGGGAUGAUUACCAGGGUUUGGUAACAUGGUUGUGGUUACUAGGUGUUUGAAAGGGUCUACACUUGGCUGUGCAGUGUGCUUUGAUCUAGCAAGGUUGAAGUCUUUUGCCCCACCCCUUGGUGUUAGAAAAAGUCCUUUUGAAGAUUGAGAAGGAACCAUUGGGUUUUGAUCCAGAUCCUCCCGAAGUUAUCCUGUGUUUCUGUCUGUCUCCUCCGCUAUCUGUCUACAAGUUUCUUAUCUCUCUCUCCUCCUUAUAGGAACCCUUUAAAAGGUGGGAGCUGGCCUCCCACACCAGACUGGUCACAUAAACCCAGAGUCACCCUACAGACUGCAAACCAGGGCGGAAGUCCCAGAGGACAGACACCCUUUGACUGUCUAGGCCAGGUGAGAGGAGAGAACGUCCAGGUCAGUACGCACAGGAGACAAUCAUUAGCUGAGGUGGAGGACUAAGAGAAGAGGCAAAGGUGUGCAUGAGACCUGCUUUCUCAACAGAUCGGUAUAUUGGUGCACUGGCAUAGGUGAGUACCCUUGGAGAUCCCUCCCAAAGCCCCACCCCAUCCCCAACCACAACGGCGGUGGUCUCUGGUAUGGAGAAGGCAGGGAAGCCUGGUCACCACAGCUCCAAGCAGUUCCCCUAACCCACUACACCCUCACCCCCACUUUUAACAAUGCUUGGGGACUGGCUACACCCGCUCCUUGUUUUGCAGUGACGGAUCCAGACAUCCAGAGCCCAGUUGGGAUUGUGCUGCCUAUGUGCUGGAUCUUCCCCCAAAAGAGCUCCUGGUUUCUCUGUACAGCUCCCCAAGCUGACAGAAGCAGUAUUUGACAGGGGAAGGCAGAGAGUGGGUGGUGGGUGUCAGGGACUCCAGCCACAUGAGCUGAGUCCCUCAGGACAGUACCUGCAGGGUUGGGUGCAGUUAUGCACCCUGGGUGCUGGGAAAGGGCGGGACCUUGGUUCUGCAGGAGGAAGACCCAAACGUGCCUGAGGGUCCUUCUUGGAUCCUGUAGACCCCAGCACCCAACUUGAGAGUAAAGUGCUGCUGGCUUAGCUGCCCAGAAGCUCCUGGCUUGGGACAGCAAUUACACACAGCAAGCCAUACCCCACCCUGCCCCGUGUGUGCCCUGGGCCCUGGGAGCCACUGUAGACAGGUUCAGCCUUCAAGUAUCUCAAAAUAUAAGGCCGUUGAGAUGUCUCAGAAGGUAAAGGUACUUGCUGCUAAGUCUUAUGACCUGAGUUUACAAGCUAUGUCAAAUCUUACCCUUCCUGGGACCCAAGGGUGGAGGAAGAAAGCCAAGUCGUACAAGUUGCUCUCUGGCCUCCACAUUUGCUCCGUGGCACACACUAAAAUCCAUAAUGUAAAACAAUAAUAAUAAGGGCAAUGAUUGAGGAAGGCAGCAAAUACUGACCUCUGACCUCUACUUGCAUGUGUGCACAUGUGCACUUGCACAUACAUGUGCACACUUGAAUUUGUACAACACACACAAAAAGGUAAGAGUACUACUGCUGUGUUUGUACAGGACAGUGUAGUCUUACUCAUUUAGUCUUGUGUGUGUGUGUGUGUGUGUGUGUGCGCGCGCGUGUGUGUGUGUGUGUGCGUGCUGGGGCCCUGCUGUCUAUCUCAGCCGACCAGGUCCCUGAGAUCCUCUGGCUUCGGCCUUCCUAACUGGCUUUACAAGUGUGUUCCACUGUGCCCGGCAGCACCAUUGUCUUGAAAAGACAAAACUGUCCUGAAAUUUUUGAGAGUAAAGUU